AUGACGACUCGGUCGGAAAUACUCACCUCCAACCCAAUAGGCAAAGGGCUAGAUAGCUUUCGUAAUACUUACGCUUCAAAUUCGAUAGACGAAAGCGUAGACAAUGAAGGGCUAAAAAUCACCAUCCUCGACUUAAUACUUGCCUUACUAGGCCUCCCGGCUUCUCGUUUGCUACCGUCGAAGCGCGGCGAUGGAAACCUACUCGAUGAUUUGUUGUCGCUGAAUUUGGCAGUCAAUCGCAACAACCUCGACACUGCGCGGAUCAGACCUCUCCUCGAUGCGGUCCUCGACAAACAGCCUGAUGAGGUCAUCUGGGAUGCUGUAUACGACGCCGUCACCAAAUCAACUCCCCCUCCCCGUCCUCUCUCGUCUACCCCACAAACGCCGUGGCUUUACAACACCAGCAGCUUCUCCAACUCGAACGAAUACCGUAAAUACGUGGAUGACGUGCUGAAAGAGGAGCCGGGGGCUAUGUACGUUGGGGUCCCUGGUUUCUUUGAGGCCUUCUUCGGCAACGUCGCCAGUCUCAAGCCAGCAGCACAGGCCGUAUUCGCAAAAUGCAAAGAAGGGGACAAUCCACUGUACCGAGAGGAAAGCGGCUGGCAGGGUUGGCCUGAGGGGGCUAGGGAGCGAGAUGUCCUGAGCUGGUUUGCAGAAACUACAGGCAAGUUCGUGGACUUGGCAAGAGAGUACCAGCCGGACUCUAGGCCUCGACGGCGACCGCUGGUACAACCUCACCAGCCCCUGCAAGGCUCCACAGCAGACCGCAAGUUGGAUGUCGGCUUUGUGGACGACCCGAGCGCCGGCGCGGACUCCAAAUACCACUGGAAGCAGAUUCUCGUACCAGGAGAACUCAAAAGCAAUCCAUCAGCCGAAACAGCCUCCAAAACAUGGCUCGACCUGGGACAAUAUGCACGAGAAGUCCUCGCCGCUCAAGACAGUCGCCGCUUUGUGCUUGGCUUCACAUUGUGUGGAUCGCGCAUGCGGCUGUGGGAGUUCGACCGACUUGGUGGUAUCGCCUCCUCGCAGUUCGACAUCAAUGAAGACGGGCUACGAUUCGUAUCCGCACUUGGAUUCGACCCUUCUAUUAUCACGGCUGGAAGUAGUCGGUACAUCGAGAUCGAACGGAACAAUCAGAGAGAACGUCUCAUCAUUGAGGAGGUGAUACAGCGGGCACCUUGCAUCGUCGGCCGAGCAACAACCUGCUGGAAAGCCUAUCGCGAAGGUGAUGAGUCGCGAAAGCCCCUUGUCAUCAAAGACUCGUGGCAGUUUCCAGAGCGUGAGGAGGAAGGCCAGUUGCUGUGCGAGGCCACCAAUAAGGACGUGGUCAAUGUGGCGAGAUACUAUUACCAUGAGACGGUCUGUGUGGGCGGCCAGGAUGACAACGUUCGCGCAAACGUUCGACAGAGCCUAGACACAACGAGAGCAACAAAUUACAUGCCAGAGAGCACACUGCCGCCUCCAAGCAUGGCGGGACGUCGCGUCUUGCGGAAAGGCCGAAGCAGCAGCGCCGUCGGACAGAAGCGAUCCUCAAGCUGCACAGAGGCGUCGCUGCCGCCUAGCAAGCGAACUUGUUCGAGCUCUCUGGUAAAAGGUGGAAGGGCGACAGCGGAUCGAGUGCACCGUCGCGUUAUUGUCCAAGACUACGGGAAGCCCAUUUACAAGGCAAGUUCUAAGGUUAGCCUUCUGGCUGCACUGGAAGGCUGCAUCGCUGGAUACGAGUCGCUACACACGCGGACCAACAUGCUACAAUGUGACAUCUCACCAAACAACCUAAUGGUGAAUGAAGAGGAGGACAACCCCUCCUGGCACGCGUUCUUGAUCGACCUGGACCUUGCUAUCAAGGAGAAUCGCGAGAAACCGUCAGGGGCGCAAGGGAAGACGGGCACAAGAGCGUUCAUGGCGAUUAUCCUUCUUCUGGGUGUUUUUUUUUGGAUAUGCAUUCACUACAACGGGUCGCAGGCGAGAGUGGUCCAACAGUUUGACAAAUGGAACUAUGCGAACACAGAGGAGUUAGCCAAGCUGAAGCUGGGCACAGUAUCAGAUGAUGACAUCUUUCGCAAAACUACCCUGGAGCAUUUCACGGAAUAUUACCAACCAUUAAUACCUUGUGUCAACAGAUUGCGGAGGAAGGUAUUCCCCGUUGGCAGAAGAUGGAAGGAUCCGAAUCCGAAGCUGUAUGUUGAGAUGAAAGAGAUACUCCGGACAGCACAGGACGAAUUGAAGGGUUUAGAGUGA